AUGUGGAGUGAUUUUCCAUACACUGGCGUCCAUAAAGGCAAAAUAAAGAAGACCACAAUGAAAAUAAGAAGGAAAGAAGGUAAAGCGUCAUUCGAAGUGAGCAUUCGUGAUAUAAUUGUCACACUUAACUGUUUCUGUUGUGAAAUGAGCUAUUUAGCCUCUUUUGGCUAAGAUGUUAAAUUCCUGGUCGAUAUUCGAUGUAACCACGCCCUCACUCUGGAAACUAUUUCAUUUUUUUAACAAAUCCUUUGGGUAUCCUGUUCUUAUCACAAACUGAAUACCAUCAGCGAUGCGUCCCCGCUAGCUUAUGCAAUGGUGAGCCUAUUUUAAUUCAGUUCAUGAAUUGUUCGGCCGAACGUACAUGCAUUUACCGAGAAGUCUAUUAUUUCUUUCCAGAUCAUUUUGGAGACUACACUCUGAAGUUCUCAGAGAGGAGAGAAACCUUAGGCAUUGUCACCUUUCCAAUCAUCUUAACAGAGUUCCAAGCCUUUACCUCAUGUCUCUGGUUAAAAGUGCGACCUCCAACAGUUCCUAGACAAAUGAAUCUGCUACGAUAUGCAGAACAGGAUGGAAACUUCAGUAUGGACUUAAGACCCGAUGGCAAGGAAUAUAAGAUCAUUUUAUCAAUUUGGCCGAGGUAAGGAAAAUAUUAAUUAGAAGUACUAAUAUAAUCCAGUAAAACUUGAGGUGAGAAGCAUGUUCGUUCAUCUCCUAGACAUAAAAAAGGUUCAAAUUAUUUGGGAUUCGGGUGUCAGUGUAAUGGGAUGCAACUAUAGCCAACAUGAGAUUGAUUCAUGUUACGUGCCUGCCCCCAUCCCGGAUUGUAAAUGGAUAAUAGCACACCGUCGCGGAAACCCGUGGAAAGGAUUUGAAGGACAAAAGAAGGGAGGGAUAGGAGAAUAAACUGCUUAUCGAUAUCACUAUUAUCAACGUAUUCGUGAUCGAAACUUGGUCGUUACAGUUGACGGUAAAUUAAAACUAGGCGUUGGCGAAAAAGUCACACCGAAUACAAAGAGGAUGAUACAUGGCUGCAUGGAAUUCGAGCGCUCACGAGUAAGAAAAGCUACAGCAGGAAGUGUUUACCCAUGGACCUCGUUAAACAGCCCAGCCUACUAGAAGUUUCCCAUAGCUCAGAAGUAGAGCGUCCGAACUACUAAUCGAAGGCCAUAGGUUCGUUUCCUAUUGGGAACACUCGAAGUUCUUUUUCCCUGAGUAUCAGGCCUGUGUCAUUCAUUUAAUACUGAACAUCAUUCUCUGCUAAUGUUUUCUUUACCAAAAAUGUAUUUUUAUCCGAAAAAGUUAAAUUCAACCUGAGUAGUGUUCUUAGAUUGAAACCCUUCACGCGUUCAGGAAUUGUUAAACCGUUAUUUAUGUGAAAAAGAAUAUGUUGAUAAACCUGGUAAAUACGAAAACAUUCAUGUCUGGGCAUGUCAGGAUAUAUAUAUGUUGCCCAAGACCUCGGUCACAGUUUUUCACCAUACGGACCGACCCUUAGCCGGUAAAUAACAUAUUUAUUUUUUAAAACUUAACGAGAUUCUUUCCGAAAGAACCGAAUGAUUUAGGGCUGUAAAUACGGCAAGAUCUUCCAUAAACUGAACAAUUUUUGAGCGAGUAACUGGUUAAAAUAGAGGUGAUGCAAAUUAAAAGAGAUGCCUCACCUGAAACAUUUUCGUUUCCGCAACGAUAAAGGUGACUUAAAAGGCUUCUUAACAAACUUUGAAACAUUAUUUUUACAAGUAUCUGUCACAAUCUGACACCUGUCAAUUAGAGAGCGCGUAAGAAUAAAAAAAAGCGCAAGAAGAUUUGAAAAACAACGGAAUUAGUUUGGCAAGGACUGUCAUGACAAUGUUUUCUUCAAAACAGUCAAUGAUCUAACGGAGAGUAUUAUUCACUCUCAUCGACAAUUAAUUCAUGUACGAAGAUUUACCUCUGUUCAUUAGGUAAACGGCGGGGAAGUAAUUGUAAGUAAAUUCAAUUUUUUUUAUUUUAAAGUUGAGAGAGUUUGCUCGUUUGUUUACUGCAAUGGCGUGUGUAAAUCUGGUCUUUGCUCCAUAAAAACUAAAUUCGAAUGAUACACUCCAACGAGACACAAGGGGAUUUAAUGCAGCCUUUUCUCAUUGAAUUCCUUCAGUUUCUGUUGUCCAAUUUACGGUACAAAUGUCCAAAUUGAACGGACUUGGAAAGACUCACCGAGAGCGUAUAUUUGUUGUAGAACUGAAAUUAAAACUUUGCUUGUCCUUUCACUAUGAACAAAUUGUUUGAGAAAAUUCAGAUAUUAAAUGAAUGAAAGUUCCAUCUUUUCAGUUUACUGUAACCAAAUACCUCACGUUUUAACUUUCUAGGUAUUUUUGUGAACAAUUAAAAUUAAUUGCAGACGGUUUAUAAGCCGCUUGUCAACCAACGUAAUAACGCUAUGGCUUACACAAAUUCAUUCAGAAACCAAUAUUUUUCUGUCAACCAAAGUGACUUGAGAGAGAGAAAAGAGAGGAUUCAUUAGUUAUUUAUCGGCUUGAGGUAGUGGCCGACGUGUUUUCUUAAAAAUACUUCCCAGACCAAAACGAGAUAUAUUUAUGAAAAAUGGUAACGAAAGUUGGGAUGUACUCGGCGACUCACGAAAGCGUUACCGUGGCCCGUGGGCAGAGAUAGGAAAAUACUGACCGGGUAAAGAACCAAUCAGAUUGCAGGAUUUGUUACCGUGCCCUCCAAGAAAAAAAUUAAGUUUUUUUUAAAGUUUGCAUCACCUCUAUUUUAAUUACCAUUUACUCGCUCAAAAACUGUUCAGUUUAUGGAAGAUCUUGCCGUAUUUACAGCCCUAAAUCAUUCGGGUUCUUUCGGAAAGAAUUUCGUCAAGUUUUAAAAAAAUAAAUAUGUUAUUUAUUGCUAAGGUCGGUCCGUAUGAUGAAAAACUGUGACCUCGGUCUUGAAAAUGCUGUAUUUUCAAGACCUCGGUCACAGUUAUUCGCCAUACGGACCUCCCAGCCGGCAGAUAACAUAUAUUUAUUUAUCUGUGUGCGUUGAAGAAAUCCUGUUUUAGAAACAGGAGAAAUUGUGUUAUUUUGUCAAUAUCGUCAUAUUAAAUCUCGAUAUUUGCAGCACCCAAAGAUUUAAUACAGAAGUCAAAUAUCCUUCUUUGGAUGGAGGCUGGCAUCAUGUUUGCACUUCCUGGAAUAGCAUAGAUGGACGAGGUGCAAUUUUCAUAGACAGUUCUCAAACGUCCUUCCUUGGCAUUGGUUACGGGAAAAAGUUCACCGGUGGUGGAAAAGUUUUCAUUGGAAAUACUCAUGUACCGGACCCGCCUCAACUGGAAGGGGAGAUCACAUACAUGAAUUUAUGGGAUAAAGUACUGUCGAAUGCUAGCAUCGAAAAUCUUGCGCUCUCUUGCAGCGCUGAAGCUGGGAACGUUUUACAAUGGAGUCUUUUCGCAGCCAUGUCGGUAGGAAAUGUGCAGGUCGUUCCCUUUUCUGCGUGCAGAGCAAAAGGUAUUAAUUGUUCCUAA